UGCGAGUAAAUUGAGGCUACUAAAACAUAAACAAAGCGUCUUACGAUGGAAAUGAAAUACAACACGAUUCAGUAUAUUCUGGCAUUUGGACGGAACAGUUUGCGUAAGAACAAAAAAUGGAUUACAUCAAAAUACUGAAGAAAAUGGGUAAAAACUCAAAUCAUGUAUUCUACAAAGGAGCCCACAUACUGACCAAGAAGCUGUUUAUCUUGAAAGAACACAAGAAAAGCAUUUUGGAGGAAGGAAUCCCGGCUGCGGCCAUACGGGAGAUUUCAUUGUUGAAGGAGUUGAAGCAUCCGAAUAUCAUUUCUUUACAAAAUAUUUUUGUGAAUGCGGUCACGGUCACUCUAUCGUUCGAAUAUAUACCGAUGGAUUUGAAAACGUACAUGAUUCGAUUGCCAAAGGAUUUUGUAUUUCCACAGGCUGUGAUUCAAAGCUAUUUGUAUCAAAUCGCAAGCGGCAUUGCACAUUGCCACCAACGUCGCAUCUUUCAUCGCAAUCUAUGCCCGCAAAAUAUUCUGAUCAAAGCAAAUGGUGUUAUUAAGAUCACGGAAUUUGAAGCUGCCCGUUCAUUUGAAAUUACGAGUAAGGUGUAUACGCACAAUGUGACCAUGCUGUGGUAUCGUUCACCAGAAAUUCUGUUGGGAACCAGUCAGUAUUCACCAAAAAUCGACAUAUGGUCAAUGGGAUGCAUUUUUGCCGAACUAUUUCAACGAAAACCAAUUUUCAAUGGUGACUCCGAAAUAGGCCAAUUGCACAAGAUUGCUGAAAUUUUGGGAGCUCCCGAUAAAAACCAAUGGCCAGAAGUUGUGAGUUUGCCAUAUUAUUUUGCUGGUUUACGAAUUAAUACGCAGAAUCGUCUGAAGAUGCAAAUCAAAAACGCAAAAAACAUUGAAAUUUAUUUGAUGAAACAAAUGCUGAAAUGCAAUCCAAUGAAUCGUAUAUCGGCAAAAGGCAUUUUGGAUCAUCAAUAUUUUUCAAAUUUCAACAAGAAUCUACGCAUACCGACCAUUAUUUGAGUUGACAUUUCUCAUGACACCAGCGCACCCUGCCUUUUUGCCAUCAAUUCCGAAUUAAGUGACAUAUUGAAAUAAACAACUCCACAUGUAUUUUUGUAUCA